GGCGCCGCGGGGGCUGCCGGGACGGGUCCAAGAUGGACGGCCGCUUCGGUUCCGCUUUUACCCGCGGCCCAGAGCCCCAUUCAUUGCCCCGGUGCUGAGCGGCGCUGCGAGUCGGCCCGAGGCCUCCGGGGACUGCCCAGCCGGGCGGAAGACCGCCAUGGCGACCCUGGAAAAGCUGAUGAAGGCCUUCGAGUCCCUCAAGUCCUUCCAGCAGCAGCAGCAGCAGCAGCAGCAACAGCCGCCGCCACCGCCGCCGCCGCCGCCGCCGCCUCCUCAGCUUCCUCAGCCGCCGCAGGCGCAGCCGAUGCUGCCUCAGCCGCAGCCGCCCCCGCCGCCGCCCCCGCCGCCACCCGGCCCGGCUGUGGCUGAGGAGCCGCUGCACCGACCAAAGAAAGAACUUUCAGCUACCAAGAAAGACCGUGUGAAUCAUUGUCUGACAAUAUGUGAAAACAUAGUGGCACAGUCUGUCAGAAAUUCUCCAGAAUUUCAGAAACUUCUGGGCAUCGCUAUGGAACUUUUUCUGCUGUGCAGUGAUGACGCAGAGUCGGAUGUCAGAAUGGUGGCUGACGAAUGCCUCAACAAAGUUAUCAAAGCUUUGAUGGAUUCUAAUCUUCCAAGGUUACAGCUCGAGCUCUAUAAAGAAAUUAAAAAGAAUGGUGCCCCUCGGAGUUUGCGGGCUGCCCUGUGGAGGUUUGCCGAGCUGGCUCACCUGGUUCGGCCUCAGAAAUGCAGGCCUUACCUGGUGAACCUUCUGCCAUGCCUAAGUCGAACAAGCAAGAGACCCGAGGAAUCAGUCCAGGAGACCUUGGCUGCAGCUGUUCCCAAAAUUAUGGCUUCUUUCGGCAAUUUUGCAAAUGACAAUGAAGUUAAGGUUUUGUUAAAGGCCUUCAUAGCAAACCUGAAGUCAAGCUCCCCCACCAUUCGGCGGACAGCUGCUGGAUCAGCAGUGAGCAUCUGCCAGCACUCAAGAAGGACACAGUAUUUCUAUAGCUGGCUACUAAAUGUGCUCUUAGGCUUACUGGUUCCUGUCGAGGAGGAACACUCCACCCUGCUGAUUCUUGGCGUGCUGCUCACCCUGAGGUAUUUGGUGCCCUUGCUGCAGCAGCAGGUCAAGGAUACAAGCCUGAAAGGCAGCUUUGGAGUGACACGGAAAGAAAUGGAGGUCUCUCCUUCUGCAGAGCAGCUUGUCCAGGUUUAUGAACUGACGUUACAUCAUACACAGCACCAAGACCACAAUGUUGUGACCGGAGCCCUGGAGCUGUUGCAGCAGCUCUUCAGAACGCCUCCCCCCGAGCUUCUGCAAGCCCUGACCACAGUGGGGGGCGUUGGGCAGCUCACCGCUACUAAGGAGGAGUCUGGUGGCCGAAGCCGUAGUGGGAGUAUUGUGGAACUUAUAGCUGGAGGGGGUUCCUCAUGCAGCCCUGUCCUUUCAAGAAAGCAAAAAGGCAAAGUGCUCUUAGGAGAAGAAGAAGCCUUGGAGGAUGACUCUGAAUCGAGAUCGGAUGUCAGCAGCUCUGCCUUUGCAGCCUCAGUGAAGGAUGAUAUCAGUGGAGAGCUGGCUACUUCUUCAGGGGUUUCCACUCCAGGGUCAGCAGGUCACGACAUCAUCACAGAGCAGCCACGGUCACAGCACACGCUGCAGGCGGACUCAGUGGAUCUGGCCAGCUGUGACUUGACAAGCUCUGCCACUGAUGGGGAUGAGGAGGAUAUCUUGAGCCACAGCUCCAGCCAGGUCAGCGCCGUCCCAUCUGACCCUGCCAUGGACCUGAAUGAUGGGACCCAGGCCUCCUCGCCCAUCAGCGACAGCUCCCAGACCACCACCGAAGGGCCUGAUUCAGCUGUCACCCCUUCAGACAGUUCUGAAAUUGUGUUAGACGGUACCGACAACCAGUAUUUGGGCCUGCAGAUUGGACAGCCCCAGGAUGAAGAUGAGGAAGCCACAGGCGUUCUUCCUGAUGCAGCCUCGGAGGCCUUCAGGAACUCUUCCAUGGCCCUUCAACAAGCACAUUUAUUGAAAAACAUGAGUCACAGCAGGCAGCCUUCUGACAGCAGUGUUGAUAAAUUUGUGUUGAGAGAUGAAGCUACUGAACCGGGUGAUCAAGAAAACAAGCCUUGCCGCAUCAAAGGUGACAUCGGACAGUCCAAUGAUGAUGAUUCCGCACCUCUUGUCCAUUGUGUCCGCCUUUUAUCUGCUUCGUUUUUGCUAACAGGGGGAAAAAAUGUGCUGGUUCCGGACAGGGAUGUGAGGGUCAGCGUGAAGGCCCUGGCCCUCAGCUGUGUGGGAGCAGCUGUGGCCCUCCACCCGGAAUCUUUCUUCAGCAAACUCUAUAAAGUUCCUCUUGACACCACGGAAUACCCUGAGGAACAAUAUGUCUCAGAUAUCUUGAACUACAUCGAUCAUGGAGACCCACAGGUUCGAGGAGCCACUGCCAUUCUCUGUGGGACCCUCAUCUACUCCAUCCUCAGCAGGUCCCGCUUCCACGUGGGAGAUUGGAUGGGCGCCAUUAGAACCCUGACAGGAAAUACAUUUUCUUUGGCGGAUUGCAUUCCUUUGCUGCGGAAAACACUGAAGGAUGAGUCUUCUGUUACUUGCAAGCUGGCUUGUACAGCUGUGAGGCAUUGUGUCAUGAGUCUCUGCAGCAGCAGCUACAGUGAGUUAGGACUGCAGCUGAUCAUCGACAUGCUGACUCUGAGGAACAGUUCCUAUUGGCUGGUGAGGACAGAGCUUCUGGAAACCCUUGCGGAGAUCGACUUCAGGCUGGUGAGCUUCUUGGAGGCCAAAGCAGAAAACUUACACAGAGGGGCUCAUCAUUAUACAGGGCUUUUAAAACUGCAAGAACGAGUGCUCAAUAAUGUUGUCAUCCAUUUGCUUGGGGAUGAAGACCCCAGGGUGCGACAUGUUGCUGCAGCAUCAUUAAUUAGGCUUGUCCCAAAGCUGUUUUAUAAAUGUGACCAAGGACAAGCUGAUCCAGUAGUGGCCGUGGCAAGAGAUCAAAGCAGUGUUUACCUGAAACUUCUCAUGCAUGAGACGCAGCCUCCAUCUCAUUUCUCCGUCAGCACAAUAACCAGAAUAUAUAGAGGCUAUAACCUACUACCAAGCAUAACAGAUGUCACUAUGGAAAAUAACCUUUCAAGAGUUAUUGCAGCAGUUUCUCAUGAACUGAUCACAUCAACCACGAGAGCACUCACUUUUGGAUGCUGUGAAGCUUUGUGUCUUCUUUCCACUGCCUUCCCAGUUUGCAUUUGGAGUUUAGGUUGGCACUGUGGAGUGCCUCCACUGAGUGCCUCAGAUGAGUCUAGGAAGAGCUGUACCGUGGGGAUGGCCACAAUGAUUCUGACCCUGCUCUCGUCAGCUUGGUUCCCAUUGGAUCUCUCAGCCCAUCAAGAUGCUUUGAUUUUGGCUGGAAACUUGCUUGCAGCCAGUGCUCCUAAAUCUCUGAGAAGUUCGUGGGCCUCUGAAGAAGAAGCCAACCCAGCGGCCACCAAGCAAGAGGAGGUCUGGCCAGCCCUGGGGGACCGGGCCUUGGUGCCCAUGGUGGAGCAGCUCUUCUCCCACCUGCUGAAGGUGAUCAACAUUUGUGCACAUGUCCUGGACGACGUGGCUCCUGGACCUGCAAUAAAGGCAGCCUUACCUUCUCUAACAAACCCCCCUUCUCUAAGUCCCAUCCGACGAAAGGGGAAGGAGAAAGAACCAGGAGAACAAGCAUCUGUACCGUUGAGUCCCAAGAAAGGCAGUGAGGCCAGUGCAGCUUCUAGACAAUCUGAUACCUCAGGUCCUGUUACAACAAGUAAAUCCUCAUCACUGGGGAGCUUCUAUCAUCUUCCUUCAUACCUCAAACUGCAUGAUGUCCUGAAAGCUACGCACGCUAACUACAAGGUCACCUUGGAUCUUCAGAACAGCACGGAAAAAUUUGGAGGGUUUCUCCGCUCAGCCUUGGACGUUCUCUCUCAGAUUCUAGAGCUGGCCACGCUGCAGGACAUUGGGAAGUGUGUUGAGGAGAUCCUAGGAUACCUGAAAUCCUGCUUUAGUCGAGAACCAAUGAUGGCAACUGUUUGUGUUCAACAAUUGUUGAAGACUCUCUUUGGGACAAACUUGGCCUCCCAGUUUGACGGCUUAUCUUCCAACCCCAGCAAGUCACAAGGCCGAGCCCAGCGCCUUGGCUCCUCCAGUGUGAGGCCAGGCUUGUACCACUACUGCUUCAUGGCCCCGUACACCCACUUCACCCAGGCCCUCGCUGACGCCAGCCUGAGGAACAUGGUGCAGGCGGAGCAGGAGCACGACACCUCGGGAUGGUUUGAUGUCCUCCAGAAAGUGUCUACCCAGUUGAAGACAAACCUCACAAGUGUCACAAAGAACCGUGCAGAUAAGAAUGCUAUUCAUAAUCACAUUCGUUUGUUUGAACCUCUUGUUAUAAAAGCUUUAAAACAGUACACGACAACAACAUCUGUGCAGUUACAGAAGCAGGUUUUAGAUUUGCUGGCGCAGCUGGUUCAGUUACGGGUUAAUUACUGUCUUCUGGAUUCAGAUCAGGUGUUUAUUGGCUUUGUAUUGAAACAGUUCGAAUACAUUGAAGUGGGCCAGUUCAGGGAAUCAGAGGCAAUCAUUCCAAACAUCUUUUUCUUCUUGGUAUUACUAUCUUAUGAACGCUAUCAUUCAAAACAGAUCAUUGGAAUUCCUAAAAUCAUUCAGCUCUGUGAUGGCAUCAUGGCCAGUGGAAGGAAGGCUGUGACACACGCCAUACCGGCUCUGCAGCCCAUAGUCCAUGACCUCUUUGUAUUAAGAGGAACAAACAAAGCUGAUGCAGGAAAAGAGCUUGAAACCCAAAAAGAAGUGGUGGUAUCAAUGUUACUGAGACUCAUCCAGUACCAUCAGGUGUUGGAGAUGUUCAUUCUUGUCCUGCAGCAGUGCCAUAAGGAGAAUGAAGACAAGUGGAAGCGACUGUCUCGACAGAUAGCUGACAUCAUCCUCCCAAUGUUAGCCAAACAGCAGAUGCACAUUGACUCUCAUGAAGCCCUUGGAGUGUUAAAUACAUUAUUUGAGAUUUUGGCCCCUUCCUCCCUCCGUCCGGUGGACAUGCUUUUACGGAGUAUGUUCGUCACUCCAAACACAAUGGCAUCUGUGAGCACUGUUCAACUGUGGAUAUCAGGAAUUCUGGCCAUUUUGAGGGUUCUGAUUUCCCAGUCAACUGAAGAUAUUGUUCUUUCUCGUAUUCAGGAGCUCUCUUUUUCUCCAUAUUUAAUCUCCUGUCCAGUAAUUAAUAGGCUAAGAGAUGGGGACAGUAAUUCAGCACUAGAAGAACACAGUGAAGGGAAACAAAUAAAGAAUUUGCCAGAAGAAACAUUUUCAAGGUUUCUAUUACAACUGGUGGGUAUUCUUUUAGAAGACAUUGUUACAAAACAGCUGAAGGUGGAAAUGAGUGAGCAGCAACAUACUUUCUAUUGCCAAGAACUAGGCACUCUGCUAAUGUGUCUGAUCCACAUCUUCAAGUCUGGAAUGUUCCGGAGAAUCACAGCAGCUGCCACCAGACUGUUCCGCAGUGAUGGCUGUGGCGGCAGUUUCUACACCCUGGACAGCUUGAAUUUGCGGGCUCGUUCCAUGAUCACCACCCACCCGGCCCUGGUGCUGCUCUGGUGUCAGAUCCUGCUGCUUGUCAACCACACCGACUACCGCUGGUGGGCAGAAGUGCAGCAGACCCCGAAAAGACACAGUCUGUCCAGCACAAAGUUACUUAGUCCCCAGAUGUCUGGAGAAGAAGAGGAUUCUGACUUGGCAGCCAAACUUGGAAUGUGCAAUAGAGAAAUAGUACGAAGAGGGGCUCUCAUUCUCUUCUGUGAUUAUGUCUGUCAGAACCUCCAUGACUCCGAGCACUUAACGUGGCUCAUUGUAAAUCACAUUCAAGAUCUGAUCAGCCUUUCCCACGAGCCUCCAGUACAGGACUUCAUCAGUGCUGUUCAUCGGAACUCCGCUGCCAGCGGCCUCUUCAUCCAGGCAAUUCAGUCUCGUUGUGAAAACCUGUCAACUCCAACCACUCUGAAGAAAACUCUUCAGUGCUUGGAGGGGAUCCACCUCAGCCAGUCGGGAGCUGUGCUCACGUUGUAUGUGGACAGGCUUCUGUGCACCCCGUUCCGUGUGCUGGCUCGCAUGGUCGACAUCCUUGCCUGUCGCCGAGUAGAAAUGCUUCUGGCUGCAAAUUUACAGAGCAGUAUGGCCCAGUUGCCAAUGGAAGAACUCAACAGAAUCCAGGAAUACCUUCAGAGUAGCGGGCUCGCUCAGAGACACCAAAGGCUCUAUUCCCUGCUGGAUAGGUUCCGUCUCUCCACCAUGCAAGACUCACUUAGUCCCUCUCCUCCAGUCUCUUCCCACCCGCUGGACGGGGAUGGGCACGUGUCACUGGAAACAGUGAGUCCGGACAAAGACUGGUACAUUCAUCUUGUCAAAUCCCAGUGUUGGACCAGGUCAGAUUCUGCGCUGCUGGAAGGUGCAGAGCUGGUGAAUCGGAUUCCUGCUGAAGAUAUGAGUGCCUUCAUGAUGAACUCGGAGUUCAACCUAAGUCUGCUAGCUCCAUGCUUAAGCCUAGGGAUGAGUGAAAUUUCUGGUGGCCAGAAGAGUCCACUUUUUGAAGCAGCCCGUGAGGUGACUCUGGCCCGUGUGAGCGACAUCGUGCAGCAGCUCCCUGCUGUCCAUCACGUCUUCCAGUCUGACAUGCCUGCAGAGCCGGCGGCCUACUGGAGCAAGUUGAAUGAUCUAUUUGGGGAUGCUGCACUGUAUCAGUCCCUGACCACUCUGGCCCGGGCCCUGGCACAGUACCUGGUGGUGGUCUCCAAACUGCCCAGUCACUUGCACCUUCCUCCUGAGAAAGAGAAGGACACCCUGAAAUUCGUGGUGGCAACCCUUGAGGCCCUGUCCUGGCAUUUGAUCCAUGAGCAGAUUCCUCUGAGUCUGGAUCUCCAGGCGGGGCUGGACUGCUGCUGCCUGGCCCUGCAGCUGCCUGGCCUCUGGAGCGUGGUCUCCUCCGCAGAGUUUGUGACCCACGCCUGCUCCCUCAUCCACUGUGUGCACUUCAUCCUGGAGGCCGUUGCAGUGCAGCCUGGAGAGCAGCUUCUUAGUCCAGAAAGAAGGACAAACACCCCAAAAGCCAUCAGAGAGGAGGGGGAGGAAGUAGAUCCAAACACACAGAAUCCGAAGUGUAUCACCGCAGCCUGUGAGAUGGUGGCAGAAAUGGUAGAGUCUCUGCAGUCGGUGUUGGCUUUGGGUCAUAAAAGGAAUAGCGGCGUGCCGGCGUUUCUCACGUCAGUGCUCAGGAACAUCGUCGUCAGCCUGGCCCGCCUGCCCCUUGUCAACAGCUACACACGUGUGCCCCCACUGGUGUGGAAGCUUGGAUGGUCACCCAAACCGGGAGGGGAUUUUGGCACAGCAUUCCCUGAGAUCCCCGUGGAGUUCCUCCAGGAAAAGGAAGUCUUUAAGGAGUUCAUCUACCGCAUCAACACACUAGGCUGGACCAGUCGUACUCAGUUUGAAGAAACUUGGGCCACCCUCCUUGGUGUCCUGGUGACGCAGCCCCUCGUGAUGGAGCAAGAGGAGAGCCCACCAGAAGAAGACACAGAGAGGACACAGAUCAACGUCCUGGCCGUGCAGGCCAUCACCUCACUGGUGCUCAGUGCAAUGACCGUGCCUGUGGCCGGCAACCCAGCUGUGAGCUGCUUGGAGCAACAGCCCCGGAACAAGCCUCUGAAAGCUCUGGACACCAGGUUUGGGAGGAAGCUGAGCAUUAUCAGAGGGAUUGUAGAGCAAGAGAUUCAAGCAAUGGUUUCAAAGAGAGAGAACAUCGCCACCCAUCAUUUAUACCAGGCGUGGGAUCCUGUCCCUUCUCUGUCCCCGGCUACUACAGGUGCCCUCAUCAGCCACGAGAAGCUGCUGCUGCAGAUCAACCCCGAGCGGGAGCUGGGGAGCGUGAGCUACAAACUCGGCCAGGUGUCCAUACACUCCGUGUGGCUGGGGAACAGCAUCACACCCCUGAGGGAGGAGGAAUGGGACGAGGAGGAGGAGGAGGAGGCCGACGCCCCUGCACCUUCAUCGCCACCCACAUCUCCAGUCAACUCCAGGAAACACCGGGCUGGAGUUGACAUCCAUUCCUGUUCGCAGUUUUUACUUGAGUUGUACAGCCGCUGGAUCCUGCCAUCCAACUCAGCCAGGAGAACCCCAGCCAUCCUGAUCAGUGAGGUGGUUCGAUCCCUUCUGGUGGUCUCAGACUUGUUCACUGAGCGCAACCAGUUUGAGCUGAUGUAUGUGACACUGACAGAACUGCGAAGGGUGCACCCUUCAGAAGACGAGAUCCUCGCUCAGUACCUGGUGCCCGCCACCUGCAAGGCAGCUGCCGUCCUUGGGAUGGACAAGGUCGUGGCGGAGCCUGUCAGCCGCCUGCUGGAGAGCACGCUCAGGAGCAGCCACCUGCCCAGCAGGGUCGGAGCCCUGCACGGCAUCCUCUAUGUGCUGGAGUGCGACCUGCUGGACGACACUGCCAAGCAGCUCAUCCCAGUCAUCAGCGACUAUCUCCUCUCCAACCUGAAAGGGAUCGCCCACUGCGUGAACGUUCACAGCCAGCAGCACGUACUGGUCAUGUGUGCCACUGCGUUUUACCUGAUUGAGAACUAUCCUCUGGACGUGGGGCCAGAAUUUUCAGCAUCCAUAAUACAGAUGUGUGGGGUGAUGCUGUCCGCAAGUGAGGAGUCCACCCCCUCUAUCAUUUACCACUGUGCCCUCAGAGGCCUGGAGCGCCUCCUGCUCUCGGAGCAGCUCUCCCGCCUGGAUGCAGAAUCCCUGGUCAAGCUGAGUGUGGACAGAGUGAACGUGCACAGCCCGCACCGGGCCAUGGCGGCUCUGGGCUUGAUGCUCACCUGCAUGUACACAGGAAAGGAGAAAGUCAGUCCGGGUAGAACUUCAGACCCUAAUCCUGCAGCCCCAGACAGCGAGUCGGUGAUCGUUGCUAUGGAGCGGGUGUCUGUGCUUUUUGAUAGGAUCAGGAAGGGCUUUCCUUGUGAAGCCAGAGUGGUGGCGAGGAUCCUGCCCCAGUUUCUAGACGACUUCUUCCCACCCCAGGACAUCAUGAACAAAGUCAUCGGAGAGUUUCUGUCCAACCAGCAGCCAUACCCCCAGUUCAUGGCCACCGUGGUGUAUAAGGUGUUUCAGACUCUGCACAGCACCGGGCAGUCAUCCAUGGUCCGGGACUGGGUCAUGCUGUCCCUCUCCAACUUCACGCAGAGGACCCCAGUCGCCAUGGCCACAUGGAGCCUCUCCUGCUUCUUUGUCAGCGCGUCCACCAGCCCGUGGGUUGCGGCGAUCCUCCCACAUGUCAUCAGCAGGAUGGGAAAGCUGGAGCAGGUGGACGUGAACCUUUUCUGCCUGGUUGCCACAGACUUUUACAGACACCAGAUAGAGGAGGAGCUCGACCGCAGGGCCUUCCAGUCUGUGUUUGAGGUGGUUGCAGCUCCGGGAAGCCCAUAUCACCGGCUGCUGACUUGUUUACGAAAUGUCCACAAGGUCACCACCUGCUGAGCGCCAUGGUGGGAGAGACUGUGAGGCGGCAGCUGGGGCUGGAGCCUCCAGAAGUCUGCGCCCUGUGCCCUGCCUCCACCGAGCCAGCUUGGUCCCUGUGGGCUUCCGCACAUGCCGCGGGCGGCCAGGCAACGUGCGUGUCUCUGCCAUAUGGCAGAAGUGCUCUUUGUGGUACGGUGGCCAGGCAAGGAGCAUCUGCAGUCCUGGUGGGGCUGAGCCUGAGGCCUUCCAGAGAGCAGGAGCAGCUGUGCUGCACGCCAUGUGGGUGACCAGGUCCUUUCUCCUGAUACUCACCUGUUGGUUGUUGCCAGGCUGCAGCUGCUCUUGCAUCUGGGCCGGAAGUCCUCCCUCCUGCAGGCUGGCUGUUGGCCCCUCUGCUGUCCUGCAGUAGAAGGUGCCGUGAGCAGGCUUUGGGAACACUGGCCUGUGUCUUCCUGGUGGGGUGUGCAUGCCACGCCCUGUGUCUGUAUGCACAGAUGCCAUGGCAUGUGCUGGGCCAGUGGCUGGGGGUGCUAGACACCCAGCACCAUUCUCCCUUCUCUCUUUUCUUCUCAGGAUUUAAAAUUUAAUUAUAUCAGUAAAGAGAUUAAUUUUAACGUAACUCUUUCUAUGCCCGUGUAAAGUACGUGAAUUGCAAGGCCUGUGCUGCAUGCGACAGUGUCCGGGGAGGUGGGCAGGGCCCCUGGCCACGCUCCCUCUCCUGUAGCCACUGGCAUAGCCCUCCUGGGCACCCGCUGACAUUUCCGUUGUACAUGUUCCUGUUUAUGCAUUCACAAGGUGACUGGGAUGUAGAGAGGCGUUAGUGUGCAGGUGGCCACAGCAGGACUGAGGACAGGCCCCCACUGUCCUAGGGACAUGCUCGUCUGCAGCCCCUCCUCCUCGGGCACAGACAACUGUCGUUCUCCACCCACGUUAGGGACAGCAGCCUCCGCUGUCACUCAGCGGAGAAGGCCGGCCCUCCCGGCGGUGAGCAGCCUCCGCUGUGUCCAGAGGCAUGUUCCUCCCACUCCUGCUCCUUGCUAGCCUGGGGUGGUGUCUGCCCAGGAGCUGGCUGGCCGCUGUGGGGAUCUGCUGCUCCGUGGAUGCAUGCCCCAAGAGUGUCACUGAGCUGUGUUUUGUCUGAGCCUCUCUUGGUCAACAGCAAAGCUUGGCGUCUUGGCACUGUUAGUGACAGAGCCUGGCAUCCCUUCUGCCCCCGUUCCAGCUGACAUCUUGCACGGGGACCCCUUUUAGUCAGGAGAGUGCAGAUCUGUGCUCAUUGGAGACUGCCCCACUGCCCUGUCAGAGCCACCACUCCUAUCCCCAGGCCAGGUCCCUGGACCAGCCUCCUGUUUGCAGGCCCAGAGGAGCCAAGUCAUUAGAAUGGAAGUGGAUUCUGGAUGGCCGGCUGCUGCUGACAUAGGAGCUGGAUUUGGGAGCUCUGCGAUGGGGCAGGAGCUCUGCUUCCUCAGCCCUAGAGGCGAGCCAGGCAAGGUUGGCGACUGUCAUGUGGCUUGGUUUGGUCAUGCCCGUUGAUGUUUCGGGUAUUGAAUAUGGUAAGUGGAGGAAAUGCUUUUCCGGGGUCUGUGCAGGUGCUGCCUUGAGACCCCCAAGCUUCCACCUGUCCCUCUCCUAUGUGGCAGCUGAGGAGCAGCUGAGAUGUGGACUUGUGUGCUGCCCACAUACAUGAGGGGGGGCUGAAAGGGAGCCCCUGCUCAAAGGGAGCCCCUCCUCUGAGCAGCCUUUGACAGGCCUGUAUGAGGCUUUUCCCACCAGCUCCCAACCGAGGCCUCCCCCAGCCAGGACCACCUCGUCCUCGUGGCAGGGCAGCAGGAGGGGUAGAAAGCGGUCUGAUGUUUGAGGAGGCCCUUAAGGGAAGCUACUGAGUUUUAACAAGAAAACCACCAUUCUUCCGUAUGGGUUGGGGGCUCCUGUUUCUCAUCCUAGCUUUUUCCUGGAAAGCCUGCUAGAAGGUUUGGGAAUGAGGGGAAAGUUCUCAGAACCGUUGCUGCUCCCCACCCACCUCCCCUGCAGGUUAUGUCAACAGCUCUGAGACAGAAGUAUCACAGGCCAGAUGUUGUUCCUGGCUAGAUGUUUACAUUUGUAAGAAAUAACACUGUGAAUGUAAAACGGAGCCAUUCCCCUUGGAAUGCAUAUCGCUGGGCUCAACACAGAGUUUGUCUUCCUUUUGUUUACGAUGUGAUCUAAAACAGUCCUUAGCAAGGGGCUCAGAACACCCCGCUCUGGCAGUGGGUGUCCCCCACUCCCAAAGGCCUGCCUGUGUGCUCCAGAGAUGAAUAUGAGCUCAUUAGUAAAAUGACUUUACCCAUGCGUAAGUCAAGUAUACGUGCAUGUGCAUAUGGACACAUCUGUAAUUUUAUACACACACGUCUCUAGACAGAGAUGCAUGGCCUCUAAGAGUGCCCGGGUCGGUUCUUCCUGGAAGUUGGCUUUCCUUAGACCUGCCAGGUAAAGUUAGCUGUGUGACGGACAUCCAGGCGCGGGGCUUGGUCAGAGUAGGGCUCAUUCAUUGCUCACUAGGAUCCCACCGGAGAAAACGGUCUCCAUAUCAACUCUGCCGAAGGGAGGAGGACUUUGUCAUGUUCCUAAAAACCUGUGGCAAGCACCAAUCAUAGUAUCCGAAUUUUGUUGAAAAUGUGAUUAAUUUGGUUGUCAAGUUUUGGGGGUGAGCUGUGGGGAGAUUGCUUUUGUUUUCCUGCUGGUAAUAUCAGGAACGAUUUUAAUGAAACCAGGGUAGAAUUGCUUGGCAAUGCACUGAAGCGUGUUUCUUUCCCAAAAUGUGCCUCCCUUCCGCUGCGGGCCCAGCUGAGUCUAUGUAGGUGAUGUUUCCAGCUGCCAAGUGCUCUUUGUUACUGUCCACCCUCAUUUCUGCCAGCACACGUGUCCUUUCAGGAGGAAAAUGUGAAGCUGACACCCCUCCAGACACCCAGAAUGUAGCAUCUGAGAAGGCCCUGUGCCCUAAAGGACACCCCUCGCCCCCACCUUCAUGGAGGGGUCAUUUCAGAGCCCUCGGAGCCAAUGAACAGCUCGUCCUCUUGGAGCUGAGAUGAGCCCCGCGCGGAGCUCGGGACGGGUAGUGAACAGCAAUAACUCGGUCUGUGGCUGCCUGGCAGGUGGACGUUCCUCCCCCUGAGGGGUGGAGUGAGGUUCGUUCUGCGUGUCUGGGGGGUGGAGUCAGCCUGCUCUUGCUACCUGUGAGCUUCCUUCCCAGCAGACAUCCUCACCGGGCUUUGUCCCUCCCCCGCUUCCUCCCUCUGCGGGGAGGACCCAGGACCACCGCUGCUGGCCAGGGUAGGCUUGGAGCUGUGCUCCAGAGGGGCCGCCUGUGGGAGCAAGAAGAAGGAAGAUCUUGAGAGCUGCCGAGGCACCCUGGAGAGCUCAGGAUGGUCCAGACGAGAAGAGGACACUCGCUCACCAGGCCUGGGCCUCCUGGGAAGGAGGGAGCCGCUCAGAGCGCCGCAUGACAACUGAAGGCAACCUGGAAGGUUCAGGGGCCACUCUUCCCCCGUGUGCCUGUCACGCUCUGGUGCAGUCAAAGGAACGCCUUCCCCUCAGUUGUUUCCAAGAGCAGAGUCUCCCGCUGCACUCUGGGUGGUGAUUGCCAGCCUUGGAGGAUCGUGGCCAACGUGGACCUGCUUACGGAGGGUGGGCUCUGACCCAAGUGGGGCCUCCUUGUCCAGGUCUCAUUGCUUUGCGCUGUGGUCAGAGGGACUGUCAGCUGAGCUUGAGCUCCCCUGAAGCCAGCAGGGCUGUGAUGGGCGAGUCCCGGAGCCCCACCCAGACCUGACUGCUUCUGAGAGCAAAGGGAAGGACUGACGAGAGAUGUAUAUUUAAUUUUUUUAACUGCUGCAAACAUUGUACAUCCAAAUUAAAGGAAAAA